AUGCCGCUCUACUUUCAGGAGCUUCGUGGCUUUUCUCCUCUGGAGAGUGCUACUCUGAUUUUACCCUAUGUGCUCGCGCAAAGUCUUGUUGGUGCUGCUUCUGGGCCUUUGAUGAGCCGAUUUGCUAGAUAUGCACCAGUCCUACGAGCAGGGUUUCUCAUUUGGACACUAGGAGCAGGUCUCAACCUACUCUUUACUCAACAUACUUAUAUUGCAGUAUAUGUCAUUGUUCUUGCGAUUGAAGGUGCUGGAGUUGGCUUGGUUCAUCAACCAGACCUGCUACGGUCUCUUGGAUCCGUAUAUGGUGUUGCUAUUUCAACUGCGGUACAAAACGCUGCUAUAGAAUCAUCGUUACGCUCAGCCAUUCCUUCAGAUCUUUUAUCAGAGGUGCUGGAAGGGAGCUGGAGUAGCAGUGAUACUAGCACUGAGAAAUACCACUCUCAGAUUCUUGAUAUAAAGAUGAAAGCGUUUAGAGUGGUGCUCAUCAUAAUUGUUUCUAUCAUAAAUCUCUGCUUCUUUGCUAACUUCUUUGUUGCCGAUAGAAUGCUGAAAGGUGAUGACAAUGAUGUGAAGCAGAAAGGCCAGGAAAAGCAAGGCCAGUAG